UUUUUUGUUAAUUCAGAUUGGUUGAAAUAGUUUUGAUAGAAUUGUACACUUUAUAAAGCAUAAUGUAACGAAAAAAACAGCAUAAAUGUCCAUCUGUAAUUUAUUUCUGCACACAUGUAUUUAAGAAGAUGGUUGCUGUGCUGUGCAUCUGAGUGUACUAUACAAAUGGACUGGCUUGGUUUUCAGAAGAAUGGUUUAAGGAGAGAUGGAAAUGUUUUUUGCAGUUCAAUGUUCAUACUGAAGUACACACUUUCACAGAAAACUCAAAUGGGCUUUCACUUUGGUUGCUGGUGGAGCAUUGUAGAUCUUUACAGUGGGUGCAUUGUGGUAGAAAUAAUGUGCCUUCAGGGCAUGACUGUCUGCAGUCAUCCUUUUUGUAACUUGUCUUUGUACAUUUUUCUGGUUUAGUUUUAUUCCAGAUGAUGUGUAUGCAAUCGAAGAAAUCAUGCCAUAAUUGGCCUUUUAUAAUCUCAGGCAUUAUUCAAAGGAGAAUUAAGAGAAUCUACGACAUCGAUUAUGUCAUUUUUUUUACAAGAUUUGGGAGAAAUCUGGAAAGAAAGAUUCCUGGAUUUUAAAAAAGCAGAUUGUCUGGUCAUAAUUUUUGUACUUCGUAAAAUCUUUACGUGAUUCUUCUAUCUUUUGUGGAUAGAAUCUUUGCUAAAUAUCGUGUGGUACCUUUGCUAAAUACCUUGCUAGGAUAGCAGUGGGGUUUUCCAUAUAAACUCAGCAACGUUACCUUGUAAUGCAUAAUUCCACCCAACAGAUAAAACUCAGCCUGAAGGACCAUAUAAAUUUGACACUGACAGGUAUUUCUUUAAAGAGAACAGGCGUUUAAAUAUUAUUUGACAAAGACUCACAGGCAAUGAGUCUCAUCCUUUGCUAUUUUUCUGAAUCCGAAAAGCAGAUGUUUUAUCUGGCUGAAUUAAUUAAAAGUGAUGAGGUUUAUUUAAUCUGUAGGUGAUGGGAUUUCACUUCCAUUUUGUCAGAGCAAGUGCUUGUUAGACUGGCUAAUCUUAAUCUGUAAAGUCCCCUGCAGUCUUCCAAAUGCUCGUUGGAACUGUAAACGCAGGAGGACGGGUCACGGAAGCAUUUCCGAAAAUUCCCUCUAGAAAAGAAAAUCCCUCGUAAAAUUUCUUGUCGCUUUGCGAACGAGUUGUAUCAUAUUGGUACAAUUGAUACAACAAUGCAAAUAUGAUGAGCUGGAUCUUGAUGGUUGUUUUACUUGAAUGAUCUUAAAUCUUAUCUGUGAAGAUGCUGUUGCUCUGCAAUGAUAAGGGCACUUGAUUGAAUCAGGGGGGACAGUGUUACAGAGGAAAGACGGAAGGAAUUUGUUUUGCAUCUGUAACUGACAGGAAGUGGUUUUGCUGUAGUUAUGCAGAUGUGCUCAGAAAGAGGUUUUUUCGAGAUGAAUUCACUUGAGGCUGAUGGAGCCUGUUCACAGCAUUUCUAAAUGAAAGACUAAAAUGUUUAUGCCAACUGUUGAAAUUCCCCACGGCAUUUUUGAUAGCACUGGAUGCAGGCUGCAGUGCGGAAGAGGCUGCCUCGUUCCUUUACUUUGUCUUCUCUCUGUCUGAACGUUUAACAUGGACAGCUGGUGGCAGCAAACGCAGACGUGCUUGUGGCUUUAAUCCUCAAACCGAAAUCAGAUUUGAGCAGGACAGCCGAGGUGGCUUCUAAAAUGGGGCAGCUUUCAGGAUGAUAAACAAUCAUGUACUAGAUAAGUCCUUCGGCUUGUUUUGGUAUUCUCAGAUUUACUGAGGAUACCUUAACUUUCUUGAGGGGUUUUACAGGGUGUUUUUCUGUUGUUUGUUAGCCCGUGAUUAUAUAAGCUCGUGUGGAAGUGCGGAUCAUGCUUGUCUUGGGGGGAUUUGAUGUGACUGUGUGCUCCCAGGGAAUGAGGAUGGAUUACAGGAUUUCUUUCUUGGCUUACUCGCCGCAAGAACCUUUAGUUUUUCCCCCCUGUUGUGAGAAGCAACACUGAACCCCAUGGCAGGGCCAUUGAGGGUUAAGAAGAGAGAAGAAGUACAGGUCCUCAAGGUGUUUUUUUGAACGGGGCGAUGAGGGAUCCGUGUCGCGUCUGUGGGAGCGAGCUGCGAGGGAAUCAGUGCCGCUGGAUUUUCAGUCCCUCCGGCAAGAGGAACCUGCAGGUGAUCCUGUCGUACGUCCUGGGGGCGGCACUGACCCGCGAUGGCCGGGGGGAGUUCCUGUGCAGCAAGUGCGUCUUCAUGCUGGAGAAGGUGGUCAGUUUCGACGUGGCCAUCGGCGAGCUGCAGGCAGCGCACGCCGCCGGGGUGCAGCAGCUGCUCGCCGAGAGGGACGCCCUGUCCCAGUGCAUCUUCCACAUCUACCGCCGCCACAACCCCAGGCCGGAGGGGAGCGGAGGAGAGCGUCUUUCACUGGCGGCAGGUGAUGGAGGGAUUCCUGAAGAGGCCUCUUCAGAAACCGAGAGCGUUUUCUCCGCGGCUCAUUCCAGAGAACCUGUCUCGGCAGGGAGCCGCGUGAGAAGAUGCACGCGUCACGACGCGCUGCAGGCUCGCGAUCCGCCUCGUAACGCAGCGUGUCCUUCCUCCACACGGUCGGGCUGUGACAGCUUUUUAAAAAAUGCCUAUCUGAAGCCAGGGCGAAGUCGAUCCCAAAGCAUGUACCUGGAUUUAAUCCACAGAAGGUGCAGCACAUCCAGUGCGCUACGCAACCGGUCUGCCUCUCUCCACUCUUUGUACCCAGACUUCAUGAAGUCGGAUUCCCACUCUGGGUCCUGCUCUUUGCUCAGCAUUACAGCUGUGAGAUGCAGUGGUGGUGAUGGAUUUGACUCUCGUCUUUCUGAUUUGAGGGGCACCUCUUCAAGUAAUGCGCCAUUUGUCCGUGAUGUGCUUAAGAUGCUCAGGAGCAUUCAGUAUAAGCCCAUCUCAAUAGUGCCAAAAAGUAAGAUCCCCAUUCUGUCAAAAUAUGUCUCCAGACGUCCAGCAUCAGGCUGCAGUUACACACAUAGCAGGGCAUCGUCAAAAACGAGACAGGAGUCUGGCGAAUGGAAAUCUUUACAGGACCUUAUAGAUGAUUUUAAUGAUGACUAUACACCGUUGAAAGUUGAGGUAAUCUGCUUAAAAUAAUGCCGUAACAUUCUGAGCUGAAAGAUCAGACUGGGACUUGUUUAUGUUAAG